UGAAAUCUUCUAUUGUGUGACCAGGCCCAAGUAUAAGCGUUAUUUUGUUCCAGAACUAACCCAGGGUCUGACAUAAAUAGCAAAGUUGAUGCAUCCAGGCAGGCAUCUAUUGGAACACUGAAGAAUAAAGUGAACAGUGUGUACUGGGAGGUGAAUCAGCAGAAAAGGAGCCAGAUUUUAAGAUGGAUGCACAGAGUUCAGCCAAAGUCAACACGAGAAAGAGGAGGAAAGAGGCACCUGGACCCAAUGGGGCAACAGAGGAAGAUGGGAUUCCUUCCAAAAUGCCACGCUGUGCAGUUGGCUUACGGCAGCCAGCUCCUUUUUCUGAUGAAAUUGAAAUAGACUUUAGUAAACCCUAUGUCAGGGUAACUAUGGAAGAGGCCAGCAGAGGAACUCCUUAUGAGCGACCUGUGAGAGUUUAUGCAGAUGGAAUAUUUGACUUAUUUCAUUCUGGUCAUGCCCGGGCUCUGAUGCAAGCAAAGAACCUUUUCCCUAAUACAUACCUCAUUGUGGGAGUUUGCAGUGAUGAGCUAACGCACAACUUCAAAGGCUUCACAGUGAUGAAUGAAAACGAGCGCUAUGAUGCAGUGCAGCACUGCCGCUACGUGGAUGAAGUGGUGAGGAAUGCCCCCUGGACCCUGACCCCAGAGUUCCUGGCAGAACACCGGAUUGAUUUUGUAGCCCAUGAUGACAUCCCUUAUUCUUCUGCUGGCAGUGAUGAUGUUUAUAAGCACAUCAAGGAAGCGGGCAUGUUUGCUCCAACACAGAGGACAGAAGGUAUCUCUACAUCAGACAUCAUCACCCGAAUUGUCCGGGACUAUGAUGUGUAUGCCAGACGGAACCUACAGAGGGGCUACACGGCAAAGGAGCUCAAUGUCAGCUUCAUCAAUGAGAAGAAAUACCACUUGCAGGAACGGGUUGACAAAGUAAAGAAGAAAGUGAAAGAUGUGGAAGAAAAGUCAAAAGAAUUUGUUCAGAAGGUAGAGGAGAAAAGCAUUGACCUCAUUCAAAAAUGGGAGGAGAAAUCCCGAGAAUUCAUUGGAAAUUUCCUGGAAAUGUUUGGUCCAGAAGGAGCGCUGAAACAUAUGCUGAAGGAGGGGAAAGGCCGGAUGCUGCAGGCCAUCAGUCCAAAGCAGAGUCCCAGCAGCAGCCCCACUCGUGAACGCUCCCCCUCUCCCUCUUUCCGAUGGCCCUUCUCUGGCAAGACUUCCCCUCCUUCCUCCCCAGCAAACCUCUCCAGGCGCAAGGCUGCAGCCUAUGAUAUCAGUGAAGAUGAAGAAGACUAAUUUUUCAUCCCUCCUUUCCUCUCCCUUCCCUCUGUCCCAUCACCUUCAGAAGUUCUCUGUUGAAUUCCAAAUUGUGAUCCCAACAAUAAAUCUAAGGACAGCUACAAAGGAAAGACAGUUGGGCAAGAGGACCUCAGAUGGGGGGACAAGACAGCCCAUUCUCCAAGAGACACCAUCCACCCAGGAAGGAGGCUGACUACCUGUUCUGCAUCCACAUACCCUCCCCACGGACUUCGCUUUACUGUUUAUGUUCAUGUGAUCUUGACAGGGAAUUUGUCAUUUU